AUGGCCUCCCUCAGUACGGCUGCGAACGUUACGCACAAGAACUUUGUGUGGAUGGCGGACGUAACGAGCCCCAAAGUCGACGAUGUCUCUCAGAUCUGCUUCUCUUUCAACACAUACGGCGGGCUUCCUGGAUUCUUCUAUCUCCUGAGUGGAGUAUGGGCCCCAACCGAUGGCUCGGCCCCCAAUGGAUACCGUGGAACCAGCGGCACAAUCUGUGUUCCCACGACGGCGCCAGGCGGGGCAGGUGGUGCGAUGUACAUCUCCGCAGGGGACACUGGCCCUGGAAACACGAAACUGGAAUGCUAUUUCCCGAGCGCGGGCACGGCAAACUGCGACAUCUCACUCGUCGAUGGAUAUUCCAAUUCUGUAGGAUGUGUGCCUAGCAACGACUAUCAACUGAUUGGCGAAUACGAAGACCUCUAUGGCAAUGGCAUCAAUUGUCCAGAUCAGCAGGGAGUGAACUGCAUCAACCAGGAAGGUCCCUACGCCACCAGUCAGGAUCAAAUCGAUGCUUUCUUCCAGCAAGGCACCUAUAACGACAACAACUACUGCAUUUUCCCCGACUGCGGCCAAGACUACUACUUUGCUACUGGCGCCGGUCUCAUUUGCUCGGUUGGGGUGUAG